ACCUCGCCUCUUUCUUCUUAUCUCAAUUUGCUUCCAAUUUACCUCCAGUUACUCUCCUCUAUACCAUGGUUGCCGCUUCCGGAUACUUCCCACCGCCUCUCUUAUCACCGUUGUUAUUCCAUUACGUUUUCUUUUACUCCCCGAUCCUUCCACUGUCUUUCUCCCACCACUUCAUCUCAGUCCUUCCACCCUCUGUGAGGGCUUCUCUUUAGAUCUGAUUGAGCACCGCCAUCACCACCGUCUACUUCAGUUCGUUCGUUUUCCUCUUCCAUGCUUUCUCAUCUGGUCACCAUCGCCUCCCCAUCCUAAUGUCUCACCGCCUCUUUCCUUCACAUAAAUCUGUAUCUCUCAGAUGAUUUCCCACCGAUACUUCUUUGAUCGUUUCAUUCUGCUUCUUUUAGUUUCCCUUCUAUUGAAAGCGCCCCAAUACUCUCUUUUUUCCUUUCCUUCUUAUCCCUUUUCGUCGCCGCCUUGCCGCCCUCCUCCUCCAAUACAAUUUCGUUCACUUUUCCUUAUUUCCUCCUUCUUCCUUUUUUACUUUUCGUUGCUGUUCUGUUCACUUCUGCUUCUCCCCGACCGCCAUCGAAGGACCAGUGCACCACCACUCUUUCGUUCCUCUCACACUACAUCGACAACAAUAGAAACUUAGCAAGGUGCCGGUGUUGGCGAAGGCGAUCGGUGGAAGUGGUCGGCGGAGCGUAGACCCCUCCAACGUCUCUAUCAUCCAAUAGCCUCCUUUCGAUGCUUCACACCGUUUCUCCAAAACCCUCCAUCUCUGUAUAAACUCAUCGCCAUCCCUUCUAUCAUGGAUUUCUUGGGUUUUGUCGAAUUUGAAAGGGGAUUUAAGGUCGAGUUGCGAAUUCCAGGACCGCCAUCGAUGAAAAAAUCCACAACAAUCGGCAUUCAAUACUCACUCGAUUGGUCCUGCAAGAAGCAAUUUCUUCAAGAUCCGUGGCAUUGCAAACAUGGUGAUCUCACAAAUGCCCUUGUAUUGUUCAACGAGAUGCAAACACAAGGGCUGUAUCCUGAUCCAAGUAUCUUCAUUAUCAUCAUUACUCGCUUAGGAAAACAGGGGAAGUGGGAUAUAAUAAAGAAAAACUUUGAGCAAAUGAAAGAUGGAGUCAAGCACCAAACUCAAUUCUCUGUUGCACAUGCAUGUUCUAGCAAGCAGCCCAGAAACCUCCUCCCUGUCAUAUAUACUUCUGCCUUGAAUAAUAACAGGCCAAAAGAGAGUAAUAAUGACUUACCUGUGACGUGGAAUACCACCGAAGGAGGCUUCAGGAAGAGGAAGUGAGGAUUAUUGCUUGUGAGAAUUUACAAAAUGCAACAACAGAGGCAUCCAUUCGCAAACUUGAGGGGAGGAUAAAAGGCAUGGCCUUCGAAGGGCUUUAGGGCAGACAUCAGAUUGGUUUAGUAGAAACUUGCAUCAACAUUUUAAUGAAUAUGGGACGAAAGAACGUCGAAUUGUGGGCAUCAUGCAUCUAAUACAACGAACACCUAUAUAUCGCAUUUUAGUACCUCCACCAGUUGACCCUGAUGACAGUUGCUACAGUCGGUACGUGCCAGCCGAGUAUUCAAAACUAUGCUCCCAAACAUAUUCAAGUACUACAAGAAUUUGGCAACGUGUGAUCUGUUAAACCGACCAACAUGGUUUUGGAACAUUUUUCAAGCUUCUAGUGAUGGUGUCGAGUCAUUGGGUGUAAGCUCUUUGAUCCAUCUGUAACUAUUGUACAUGUUAGCUUUGUUGAUCGUCUUCGUAGCCUCAUUCAUACGAUGAAGACGUUGAGGAAUCUUGACUUUAGAUGUAGCAAAAGGAACUGUCACAACUGAAGGAUCAAUCAUUGAAAAAUAAUUCUUUAUUAGUCGAUUGUGAGUAUGCUUUAUACUAAUUGUGUGUCACUUCUGCAAAACGAUGCUCAGAAACUUGAACGUUUGUUUACCGAAUUCUUUCCUUAUAUAUGUCAUUUGAUUGAUUGUUAAGAUGCUAUUAGUAAUUUUCGUAAUUUUCGUA